AAUGGUUAAGGCAUUCUAAAAGGAAGUGCCUCUUAAUAAAGAGGCUAAAAGAUAAAAUGUGUUUGACUACAUUUCCUAAUCGUGAGACAUCACAAAUUGGCGACGAGGAAAAUUAAAAUUAAUAAAUAAUUAAAAGUUAAAAUUACAUCCUACAACUUAAAAAUACAACAUUUUAACAAAAACGAAAAACUACAAAGUGCGUAAUAAAAUAAAAUCUAUAAUAACCCUACCAAACCUAAAAAAAACAAAACCAAGUAAAAGGCAAACAAAAUUCAUUAAAUAAAAUGAGAAACUAAGCAUAAACUACAAAAAUAAAUUGCCAAAACUACAAAAUACAAAAGUGUAAAAAAAAAGGUAACAAAAUGGGUAAAGGAAAAAAUCAAACACGCGGCAUGGACAAAGAAUCAAAUGAAGAGGAAGAGGGGUACUCUAAUCAUUUAGUACUCUCCAAUUUUGUUCUCAACACAAAACAAUUUAAUCCUGCAACAGACGAAUGGGCAAUUUACAAAGAAAAAUUAGCUCACCUCUUCAACAUAACAAAAGUAAGGCCUGAAGAAAAAGUAAGCGUCCUCAUCACAGUCCUAAGUCCACAAGCAUACAAGCUACUUCGGAAUCUGACGACACCCGACAAACCAGAAACCAAGACUUUCAAGGAAUUGUGUGUCAUUCUGGACCAACAUUAUGUCCCAUCACAAAACAGAUGGAAUGAGCGACAAAAAUUCAUGGAAAUGACCCAAAAUGAUGACGAGUCCGUGAACGGAUGGUAUGCCCGAGUCAUGGAAUCUGCCUCGAAGUGUGAAUUCGGAGCUGAAAUAUCAGAAUUGCUUAAGUACAAGUUCAUCACAGGUCUUCGUAAAAAAAUAUUCCAACGCUUAGCAGAAGAGAAGGAAGUUGAUCUUCCCACAGCCCUACAACUGGCCCAAGCUAGUGAAAAUAAAGCUACUUUUGAUCAAACAGUCAACGUUGUCACACCAAAUCGUAGCAGCCAAAGCUCCAAUACUCAGCAUCAAGCAAAAACAGCACAAUCUAGCAGCAAUCAAUUUCGCUGUUAUCGCUGUAACAAAUCUGGACACUCACCAAACAUGUGCCGAUAUAAAACAUAUAAAUGUUCAACAUGUGGCAAAAUUGGACACCUGAGUGAAGCCUGCCGACAACGAGGUAAACAAGAAGGCACAAACAACAAAUCAAAUCGAACAACAAAGCAAAAUGAUAAGCCAAGAAGACAACAGGGGAACAACAGCACAAAACACAUCAACACCGUGGGAGUAGAAGAUAAGUUAGAUAAUAAGAUUUUAAUUGAAAAUGUAAACAAACCAAUUGUCAUUUCUCUUUCCAUAUUAGGUAAAUCAAUGCAGUUUGAAUUGGAUAGCGGAGCUGGAAUAUCAGCGAUUCCAGCAAAAACUUUCAAUACAUAUUUUAAAGGUGUUGAACUAAAGAAAAGCGUGCAGAAUGUGACCUCUUUCUCAGGUGAAUCUUUAAAUUGUAUCGGUUAUUUUAAUGUGCCUAUUGAAUAUAAAAACAAAAACUCAAUUAUAAAAAUGCAUGUUAUAGAAAAUGCAACCACAAAAGUACUAGGUCGUGAUUUUUUUCAUCAGUUUGACAUUUGUUUUUCAAUUUUGCAUGUAGACAAUCAAAUAGAAUUAAAUAAUGAAUUAAAACUAAAAUUACUGUUGGAAAAACAUAGUGAAUUAUUUAAAGAUGAAUUAGGCAUGUAUAAAUACAAAAAAAUAUCACUUGAUAUAAGCGAAAAUGCUCGACCUAAGUUCUGGAAACCUCGUCAGGUUCCUUUUGCCAAACGAGAUAUCGACUAUAAGGUCACACUUAACCCACAUCUGAAGGAUUUUAAUCAUCCUCUACCUCGCAUAGAGGACAUUUUUGCUUCAUUACAUGGAGGUAAAAUUUUCUGCAAAUUAGACGUGAAACAAGCUUUCAUGCAAUGUCUUUUAGAUGAGAGAUCCCAAAUGCUUUGUGCCUUAAGCACUGACAUGGGAAUUUACAAGGUGCUUAGAAUGCCAUAUGGCAUCAAAGUAGCCACAAGUAUUUUUCAACAAGAAAUGGAAAAGAUCAUUUCUGGUUUAAAAGGUAUAGCCGCUUUUGUUGACGAUAUUCUAGUAGCAGCUUCAUCAGCUGAUGAGCUUCUUGAAAGAUUAGAAGCAUUAUUUGAUAAACUUUCACAAGCUGGAAUCAGAUUAAACAAAAACAAGUGUGUGUUUCUCGCCGACUCAAUUGAGUAUUUAGGCCACACAAUUAAUUCGAAAGGCCUAUCCAAAAACAUGGAUAGAGUCAAAGCAUUUCUAAAAACUUCUGAACCACGAAAUGUGAGUGAAGUUAAGGCUUUUUGCGGAGUUGUAAAUUAUUAUUCAAAAUUCAUUGAGGGCUUAGCUGAAAUAAUGUCUCCGAUUUACAAUCUUUUAAAAAAAGAGGUUAUUUUUGAUUUUAAUUCUAAAUGUAAAGAAUCUUUUGAUACAAUUAAAAGUAAAAUAGCAGAGGACAUAACGCUAGCUCAUUUCGAUUUAAAUUCUCCCCUUGUUUUGACAACAGAUGCAUCAAAACAUAGUAUUGCUGGAGUUUUAUCCACAGUUAAAGAGGGUAGAGAACGCCCUAUUUCUUUUAUAUCUCGUCGAUUAAAUAAAUCCGAGAAAAAUUAUUCUGUAGUGGAUAAAGAAGCUUUAGCAAUUAUAUAUGCUUUCAAAAAGUUAAGAUUAUAUCUAAUUGGUAGAAAGUUUGAGUUAAGAACCGAUCAAAAAUCUCUAUUAAGAAUUUUCGAUCCAGAUAAAGAGACACCUGUACUAGCUAAUGAGAGACUAAAACGUUGGUCAUCUUACAUUAGUGGCUAUGAUUUUAAAAUUAAACACAUUCCUGGCAAGGAGAACAUAGCCGAUCCCCUCUCUAGAUUAUCCAAUUCUGAAGAUCAAGAAUUUGAAGAGGAAGUGUGUCAAAUAAAUUUCUUAGGAGAGAAAAAUCAUAUGCCUGUCUCGAAAGAAGACAUAUUUUGCGAAUCAAAAAAAGAUCCUUUAUUGAAAACGAUAUUUCGAGUUGUAAAACAAGGUUCUUUAAAUAAAUUAAAGGGCGAUAAAUUUAGUCCAUUUUCAAAACGAAGCAGGGAAAUAAGUAUAAAAGAAAAUAUUCUUUUUUGGGGCGAUCGAGUGAUUGUUCCUCAAAAACUGCAAGCUGUAAUUCUAGAGGAAUUACAUUCUCCACAUAUGGGAAUGGUCAAAACAAAAUCGAUUGCCAGACAAUAUUUUUGGUGGCCAAGUAUGAAUAAAGCUAUUGAAAAUCGUUGCAAGAAUUGUGAAUCUUGUAAAUUAAAUACUGAUAAUCCUCCCAAAGCUGAAUUAGUGUCUUGGCCGAUACCAAUUAAAUCUUGGUCUCGUGUUCACAUGGACUACGCAGGACCUAAAUGGAGUCACUGGUUUCUAGUUAUUGUGGAUUCAAAAUCCAAAUGGUUGGAGGUAUUUAAAACAAAACAGGCAACUUCUCAGUUUACAAGAGAUAAACUUAGGGAAACUUUUGCUAGACAUGGUUUGUGUGACGUUGUAGUAUCUGACAACGGUUCCGUCUUUAAGUCCAAAGAACUUGAAGAUUUUUUUUCUUCAAAUGGCAUAGACCAUAGGACAACUCCAACAUACUUUCCUCAAAAUAAUGGACAAGCUGAGAAUUCACAAAAAAGGGGGUAUUGUAGUGUAAGCAGAUCUCAAUAUGAGUACUAG